AUGCUGUCUGGCAUCCUCAUCUUCAACCAAAAGGGCGAAAACCUCAUCUUUCGCGCCUUCCGCAACGACUGCCGCCCGCGGCUGGCGGAUGUGUUCCGCAUCCAGGUCAUAUCGAACCCCCAAGUGCGAUCGCCUAUCUUGACGCUCGGCAGCACAACAUUCAGCCAUGUCAAGCACGAGAACAUCUACCUGGUGGCCAUUACGAAGAGCAACGCGAAUGCGGCACUCGUGUUUGAGUUUCUGUACCGCCUGAUCGCGCUCGGCCGCGGCUACUUUGGCAAGUUCGACGAGGAAGCGAUCAAAAACAACUUUGUGCUCGUGUACGAGCUGCUGGAUGAGAUCAUCGACUUCGGCUACCCCCAAAACACCGAGACCGACACGCUCAAGAUGUACAUCACGACAGAGGGCGUCAAGUCCGAACACCGCGCCGAGGAUUCGGCCAAGAUCACGAUGCAAGCAACAGGCGCACUGUCGUGGCGCAAGGCCGACGUCAAGUACCGCAAGAAUGAGGCGUUUGUCGACGUGAUUGAGGACGUCAACCUGCUCAUGUCGGCAACGGGUGCCGUGCUCCGCGCCGACGUGACGGGCCAGAUUGUGAUGCGCGCGUACCUGUCGGGCACGCCGGAGUGCAAGUUCGGCCUCAACGACCGGCUGCUGCUUGACUCGGACACGGUGCAGUCGCUUCCGUCGGGCAACCGACAGGGCAGCAAGGCGACGAAGGCGGCGGCGGGCAGCGUGACGCUGGAGGACUGCCAGUUCCACCAGUGCGUCAAGCUGGGCAAGUUUGACUCGGACCGCAUUAUUUCGUUCGUGCCGCCGGACGGCGAGUUUGAGCUGAUGCGCUACCGGUCGACGGAAAACGUCAACUUGCCGUUUAAGGUACACGCGAUUGUCAACGAGGUGGGCAAGACCAAGGUCGAGUACAGCAUUGGCGUGCGCGCCAAUUUCGGCCCAAAGCUGUUCGCCACAAACGUCAUCGUGCGCAUUCCGACGCCACUCAACACGGCUCGCAUCACGGAGAGGUGCACACAGGGCAAGGCCAAGUACGAGCCGUCGGAGAACAACAUUGUGUGGAAGAUCAGCCGGUUCACGGGCCAGUCGGAAUUUGUGCUGUCGGCCGAGGCUGAGCUGACGAGCAUGACGAACCAAAAGACCUGGAGCCGGCCGCCCCUGAGCAUGGACUUUAGCCUGCUGAUGUUCACGAGCAGUGGCCUGCUGGUGCGGUACCUCAAGGUCUUUGAAAAGAGCAACUACAGCAGUGUCAAGUGGGUGCGGUACAUGACGCGUGCGGGCAGUUACGAGAUAAGGUGA